GACGCACCCGACCCCCUCCUGGCGAUUCUGUGGUCCCAGAAGGAAAAACGACGGCUUCAGUCGGCACGCGGCGUCGCGACGCACUCCAUCGUACGCGUUUCGUCCAACCGCGGAACAACGGUCCCCUAUGUGUGUCGAAUCCCAUCGCUCGACUGUGUAACCUCAACAUAAACAACAACACUCGGGGUGAGAACUGCGAUCACGAAAGUUGUGUAAGUGAUUGGUAAACGACUUUUCCUCUUACGUUCGUUGCCACAAACUAUCGCGGACGUUCCUUGAACUUCGAACAACGAGCGACCGUGAACGUCCGUAUUGCGGCCCUCGACCAAUGAAAAAGGAACACGUCGAAUAAUUACCUAAAUAAUUGAAUCAAAGGAUAAUGGAAAACGUGCAGUCGAAUAUAAUCUACUCCGGCCCGUGUACAUGAGGUUUGCCUUUCUUCAACGCUGGACAGGAUUUGUUCCAUUCGUAUCAUCCGCACCUAACAGUGAAGUUCGAGGCAAAGGUGAUGUCGCGCAAGUCGUAAAAGUUGAGGCCAAACGGUGUGAAAAGAAAACGGGCCAAGGUUGUACAUUACCCAAAUCGAGCGAUUUCCGGCCUCCAUUUCCGAUGCGAAACGUAGUCCCAAACCGAUGCUGAUUUCAUGAGGAAUUUAUCGCCAGGACCCUAAAUCAAACGAUUUGAAAUAACGACGUUUCUCCUUUAGUGGCGGAUGUCAAACUUUUACAAUGGCACCGGACGAUUCCUGUAAAAGCACAAAAGAAGGCUUCCGCAUCGAGCGAUACGCCGGAAGUACGAGGUUAUUAUCGGGCAAUUAAAGAUUUUCACGAAAUUUUCAUCAACGUGAUCUGGUGAUUACAUCAUGUCAUUCUACGAGAGACACGUUUACGAGCGGAAUCUCACUUGAAGACGCAGAGCCGAAGGGAAACGCGCGGAAAGCUUUUAAAUUACAAUGUCAACGCCCGCCACGGACCCGCUGCCGUCCACCGUUUCCGGGGAAUUGACGACCGCUCUUAUACCGACGGUUACCAAGAUCGAUACACGGCUGGACGUCAAUCCCGUUUCGGUGGUUUUGGCGAUGUCGAUAGUCUACAUUUUAUCACCGAUCACCGUCGUCGGGAACUCCAUUAUCCUGGCCGCCUUCUAUAGGUACAAAAGGUUACGGACUGCAUCCAAUUACCUACUAGUCUCUUUGGCCGUCAGUGACUUUGGGGUCGGUGUGUUCAUGCCCUUUGGGAUGCAUCUAGAGUUAUCUGGGCUGCCGGAAAAUGGCGUUUCCACGUUGUGCAUCGUACCAUACUGCAUCGUGAUUGCACUGUGCAGCGUGAGCGUGCUGGUGACUGUGGCAAUCGCUGUAGACCGGUUGACGUCGCUUGCGCAGCCCCUCAGGUACAAGAACAUCAUCACUCACAGCAGCAUCGAGAAGUACAUCGCCGUGUUCUGGAUCUACGCGAUCAUUGUCGGUCUCUCGCCUUUGAUCUACGCCAAAAUACCAGGAGAAACUCAACCACACAGUGGCAACUGCAGGUUCGGUGCAGCGGUGCUCCCGCCAGUAAGGGUGUUCCUGGUAGUGGCAGUAUGGGCACCCAGUGCUCUCGUUCUCCUCGGUUGCUACAUGUACGUGUAUCUGGUGGCACGUGCACAUGCACGUGCGAUUUACACGGUAGAACUAUCGUUCAGACACCAGACGCAGACCCUAGCAUUACCGCGCUACGGUCAAACACUAGCAGUCACGGUCGGCGCGUUUCUCAUCUUCUGGCUUCCCUUUCAAACCUGCAUGCUGCUGGAUAUUUUUUGCGGUACCAACAUUCUUACCGAAUGGGCGGUCGUAUGGCUUGGACUGCCCAUUAUGGCGCACAGUGGCGUGAAUCCAUGGAUUUACGCUUUCCAUCACGGCGAAAUGAGAGUUGCAGUGGUUAAGAUUACCAAGAAGCUGGCUGCUUUCAUCGGAGUGACACCCAGCCGUUACGGUUGCUCGCCAAUGAGACGUGGUUCCAAUACGAAUAUGGAAUUAGCCGAGGUGAACAACAGCAACGAUGAUAGAAGGCAUCCUGUGGAAGAUUGUUUCGCUACAAAACAAAACAACACUUUGUACACAAGCAGGCGAGGCCUGGAAGUGUCAGGAAAGCACACAGAUAUCUCACCAGAAAGGAACAUGGAUCAUACGUCUUCUGAGAGUAGACAAGCAGAUAUCGUUGAGGAGAAUAUUCAUGAUCUCACGAAAAUGCUUGAUCUAAAGUACAUCAUCGAUCGGAAUCACAUGAUCGACUCGAAUCACAAUAUCGACAAGAUCAAAAAUCUGAAAUAUCUUCUGGAUCCAACGUUCAAUAAAAUUAGACACCUGAGAAGAUUGAAUCACAAGAGACUUACCAGUAAGAAUUUUUCGAAGGCGUCGGAACCAAAGUUCAUCUCCUAUCAGAAUUUAAAGAGCGACGUAACGUUGAAUCGCAAAGUAUUGCAAAUGAAUACUAUGUCGGACCCCGUGCUAAGCGCUAACAGUCCCAUAGUGCACACGAAAGAUUUCCACAACGAUUUGAGUCCUAUCAAUUGCAAAAGAAGAAAUUCGAAUCUUUGUUCGAUGUCUGAUCCUAAUAUCAAAUCGGCGACCGCAAUCUCUUCAGAGGUGAAUCUUCGACUUCCAACCGGUGGGAACACCACCGAAGUUCAUAGAUACUCUGUACAGAAUUUGGAUCAUAAUAAUAAGUAUGAGGGUGGAUUGGCUAAACACGUUAUACUAUCUCGACAAUUGGAGAAUCAGAAGCGACCUCAAAUUUAUCCACGACCGCAGUUGAAGAUCAAUAGUCCCUUCGAUCGAAACAGUCCGAAUCUAAACCUCAGACUUCAGAACAAUUACACACCGCCGUCCACCCCGGAUAGUACGAGGUCGAGCUUGUUGGAUAACCCAAGGCAGAAGACGUCUCCGAAGCACAUAACAAUUACUUCUAACAAAUUAGCCAAUCUUGUUCAUGUGGAUAAUACUCCGAGGUACUUGGAGCCCAGAACAGAUCCAGCUUCCAAAGUAUUACAAAUGCGAAGGAACAUCGAAAUACUGAAACAUUCCGAAUCGAUCAAUACCAUCGAACCGAUGACGCACGUAAGAUUGUUAGAACCUUACAGAGUCAUGGAGAGUCUGGCAGUACCUACAAUACACUCGGAACCACCGAGUCCCAUAGAUCCACUUCCUCUUGCUCCUCUACAAGAAGAAGACACGAAAAACUCUGAAAUGUCGAAGCCUUCCAUUAGUAUCGAUUGCUUAAAAUCUCCAAUGGGUAAUAGGAGGAGUCCAGUUAGACACUCAGACCCUGUGAUACCAUCCGUCUUGUUGAAUAUUGAAGAUUAUAGCGAAGACCGCGAAUCGAUCAAUAACAAAUCUAGUCACGAUAGUUCCUCAAAUAAUAUGGUAUUGUCGGGUCAAAUAGCACCAAUAGAACCCAUCGAUCUAUUCGAAGCCUUGUUGAAAAACUCAGAAAAGUGCCGAGAAGGGAGAUUACCAGACCCGAUCUUCGCUGAGCAUGAUUCGACGAGAUUCAGCUCGAGAAGACCUUCGGACUCGAAGUGGUCAGAGUCGUCGAGAAGCCAAGAGAUCCUGUCCAACGUAGUCACCGAACAUCAGGCGUUCCCUUCGUCUUACUCGGUAAACAAUUUUCAGGUCUGUAACAGUGGCAGCGAUCUCAACGAUCUGACAUCCCUCGAUCCAUUUAUGUGCCCGGACGCGCUGACAUCGUCGUUACGCGAGUCGUUCUUUAGCGCUCCAUCCGUACCUGAUUCAGAAAUCUUCACAUCGUUCGAAGAAAAUGAAGAAUUCACGCCUGAUUCUGAACACAAUCUGUCUCCUUAUAAUUCCAGAUCGACGAUCAAUUUGAAAAAGUCAGCGAUCGAGGACGAUCUGCAAAGCAAGUCCACGGAGUCUAUGUUUCGAAAUGGUUGUCUAUCGACGAAAUCGUGUGCGAUUUUGAGAUUAGAGCCCUCUUUACAUCGAAAUAGAUUGCGCGUCAAACCAGGAGCGGACUAUAUCCUAAAGGAUAUGUCUAUUAAGAAUUCACAUUUGGCCCCGCUCGCCUCACCGACACCUACAGAAAUCUGCACUCCUACCAUCGAGCUCGUUUCGGAAAUAAAAGGUGACAGUGGUGUCGGUGUCAGAGUAUAGAUUUAUUGUGAAUGCUUCGAAGCAAUUGGUGAAUAGAAUUAAUCGUUCGUUCAGACAAAUAUGGUGAAAUAAAACGAGAAACCUUUGCUUAGAAUUGUUUUUCGAUCGCAAUGUUCUGCUCGUCGAAUUGGAAUUUUUACGGUAUAUAUACCAUGUUGUAUAAUGAUACGAUUACACGUCUGUAUUUUUAUAAUAGCCUGAUGCCUGCAUGGAGAAAUUAUUCUGUCUAUCUUAUUCUAAUGAGACGUACUGAGACGUAGGUUAUUGUGAAAUAAUGGAAUCGAACAUUUCAAGCUGGACUGUGAUAGUACGACGUGUCUUUAGCGAGAUCAUAGAACGAUCACGUGAGAGAGGAAAUUCUAUAAUUGUUUGACGAUAAUUAAUCCUUCAACUCCUAAGAAUAGUUACAAUAAUCAAUUGGACAGAAUGAAGAAACGAAAACUUAAUUUAUUGAGAAACUGCUCCGAAUAAUUUUAUCUGACUUUAAUCUAAGGAGUCCUAGGAUUAAAUUCGUUAUAUAAAUUUGUAAUAUAUUACACGAUUCACAUUGACAUACUUAUGUUAAUAUAAAUAAAAAAAUUCAAAGCGUGAAAUGUCAAAGGAAGAACAUUGACGAAUAAUGUAUAAUUGAUUAAAUUAAUCAUCUACUGAUAAAGCGAGAUCGCUAUUGGACAAGCAACGACGGUUCGAUUUGUAUUUAUAGAUACUCUUUAAAACGUACGUCAUAUUGAUUAUAUUUAUCAAAUUUUGCCUCGCUAAUGGUGGUUGAUUUGGCCAAUACUUAAAUAUAUUUCAGCGUUGUUCAAACGUUACCCGAAACACUGUGCCAAGCGGAUUGCGCAAGAUUUACAAACCUUUCUUUUUUCCUAGAACAAGUAAACGAAGACAGUGAACUAUAAUUACCGUUUAUGUAUGUACCUGAUUAAAAAUUUGCAAGCGAACAAAAGUUUUUCUGACGAAAUAUCGAUGGAUAACGUUUGUUUUUGCACAACCAAUGAGAUCUGUCUCACUUAUACCAUAUUUAAAUUCCACUUCAUACUUACAUUUUCUCUUUCGACUAGUUACUUAAUCAUAUCCAAUUUUAAUUAAUUUAACGCACAUGACUAAUAGUUCAAGAUGAUGAAACGUACCGUUAUGUAUUAUAUGAAAUUUAAAUCAACCUCGUUCCGAUCCUCACAAAAUUCUAAGCAACCUGAUUAUCGGCAUUUUAGAGGCAAAUACACGAUAAAAUGAUCCUCUGUAACAAUGCUCAGAGAACGUAGAUAUUUUAGCGUUUUAGUAAAGAGAAAGUAGCGUGAAAAAAUCGUUGUUUCGCUGUUUACGCGAGAAAAGAUAAAGCAGAAAGCAAGAAUCAACUUAGAUCCAAUGUAAUUUAUUUAAAAGUAUUGUACAGUAGAGAGAACGUAAGGACCAAAAAUUUUCAAUAUACGAACUCUAACAUGGAUGUUGUCAGCCCUCGACUUAGUAGCUUGUAAUUAUACAAUAAGACAUCAUCUACAUAAUCGAUUCUGUUCUUUUAUAAUGUCUCAUGUUAAUCACAUAGUCUGAUGGUCUGACAUCUGAAUUGAUCUAUGAAUAUCUCUAUCGAAAUCUAAUUUUUAUAUCGCGUCGCUAUAAAAAGUUGCUUCACUAGUUCGGAUUUCUAAAAAAGAAAAGAAGAAAACUAUCUCGGGACUUAGAUCGUCCUCUCAACUAUUCACAAUGCCAAUGAAAUAUCGAAACUACUUUUAUAUACAUAUAAGUUCACAAGAAGAUUCUUCGUGAGACAAAGUUAUUUU